AGUAAAAGAAUAAGAUAAAGAAAGAAAAUACGCAAAAAUCAACAAAAAUAGAAAAAAUAACUCUUUUUACUUUAAUUAAUUGCAAUAAAUUACCAAAUACAAAUAAAAAUAGCAACAAUAAACAAGUGGUGACUAAUUUAAAUAUACAAAUUGUACACUAAACAAUAGAAAUGCAUAAAAUGAGUAAUAAAUAAAUAAAUAAAUACAAAAAAUAAAAAAGUGCAAUUGGAAAAUUUUAAACCAAUAAGAAAUUAACAAUAAUAUUAUAUACAUAUGUAUGUAUGUAUGUUCAUGUAAAUCAAUUAAUUAAUUAAAGACAGUAUUGUGGUGAAAGAAAAUAAAUAAGUAAGGAUGCAUUUUUCGGUGCCACAUACUCAAGAGUUGUUCAGUGAAACUACAGGCACCUCCUACACGGGUUACAACAUCUACAUUAACGGCAGUUACCAUGCUUGCUUGCGCUACAAACAACUGCAUGCCUUAAAUGAACAAUUGCGUAGGCAUUGUCUGCCUUUGGGUGUAGUGAUGCCUGAAUUUCCUCCUAAGAAAUUUCUACCGCUAACUAACCACCAGUUGGAAAGCAGACGUCAGGCCUUAGAACAUUAUCUUCAAAUGUUGGGUCAGGAUAUGAGGGUUUCUAAAUUGGAGGCGUUUCAGAGAUUCUUUUUAAAUGCUCAAUUGGAAACGGCUUUGGCGGAGGGCGUGUUUGAGGAAUAUUUUGGUUAUGGACCAGAAGAUACGAGUGCAUCUAAUGGCCUAGAGGAAUUUAUGCGUCCUAUACGUUUAGAGGUAAUACUACCCAGUGGUUAUCAGUUGAAAGUGAACUGCUGUGUUUCGGACAAUGCUUCAGCUUUGCUGGAGAAAGCUUUAACUUGUGUACAAUUGCCCACUAAUAUGAUGCCCUACUUUUGCCUGUUUCUGGUGCGGAGAGAAACCAAAGAUACUUUGGUUUUGCUGCGUAAACUAAUGGAUUUUGAAACCCCUUUUGUAUCACGACUCUACAAUCAACCCUGUCAAAUACAAAUACGUAAAAGCUAUUGGAAUCCCCAGUAUGAUUUAGAGUUAAUGAAAGAUUCCAUAGCCUUGAAUUUGCUCUACUUACAGACGUUGGCGGAAAUAGAGCGUGAAUGGAUUAUAGCGCCCGAAGAGAUUUUAAAAAAGUUAAAAUCUCUACAAGAAUAUGGUCUGCACAAGGAGUAUGUGGAAGUGGCACGACAAUUGCCGCUCUAUGGUUGUCUACAGUUUCUCACCUCCACCGUGGACUAUCCGGAACCGGAGACAACAGCCCUUAUAGCCAUAGGUAAUAAAGAACUAAGCAUGCGCACGGUUAAACAAGACAAAAUCUUAGAAACUAAAUUUCGGGUAACACGCAUGCGUGUUUGGCGAGUUACCGCUCUACACAAUUCACUAGAAACAAAAGAUAAAUCUUCUAACUUGCAAUUAUCCUUUGAGUAUCUUAUGUCCAAACAGAAUCUAAGAUGGAUAACCAUAAACAGUUCUCAGGCCAUGUUAAUGUCAGUGUGUCUGCAAGAAAUGGUUAAUGAACUGCUCAACUACAAAGACAACGAACAAUUGUCUAACACAGCAGCAACAAAACCAAACUCCUCUACUACUUUUACACGUUCCACACCCACCUCUUCAUCGUCUUCCUCCUCUACACCCACUUCACUGCUAUCAUCAUCAUCGUCCUCUUCCUCUACUACAACUACUACUACACACAUGCUAGACGAAUGCUCUCCCUCUAACGAAGCUCCUGUCAGAUUUUUAGCUCAACGCAUUUUAAACAAACAAAAUCCUAGAUUAACCAAAAGUCAUUCAUACGGUGCGGUAUUCUUUCGCAAUUCUCUAGCCCAAGAUGAAGCGGUGCAAAAUGAGGCUUUUGAGGGUAUAGGUGAUGAUGAUUUGUAGAAUUUAUGGUGGUUACCGAACAAAAAGGAAUUCUAUUAAUAUAAGAAAACUUCAAGCCAAGAAAUAAUGGUAGCUACUUUAAGUCACAAAAGGUCUUGAGUAGUUUCCUCAUUUUUUUUUCUCACCACUACAAUAAGGAAUCAUUAAGAACAAAGUAAUUAUUACGAAAUUAUAAACACACUAAUUUUUCUAUAGUAAACUAACUUUUUAAAGCAAAUAUUACAUUGGAAUAGUUAAACGCUGUAAUUAAUUAGAAGGAACUCACACUUUACUAUUCACACACACACACAAUUCAAUAGAAAAUAGAACAGACUUUCUAAAGAAUUAUCAAGUAAUUUUACGAAAUAACAAGACGUGCAUGGAAAAAUCAGUACAUUAGUACUUUUUGAUUUCGAAAAAUACCUCCGUACCUUCACGACAUUUACUUUACUAACUUUUUCUAACUUAUAAACAUAGUAGUAUUCCAUAGAUCGGUCUGGAGUCUAGAUUAUAGUAUGGUAUAUAUAGUCUUGUCUAGAAUAUAGUCUAUAGCCUAAUCUAGUCUAUAGUUUAGACUAUAGUCUAGUCUUUAGUCUGUAGUCUAGUCUAUAGUCUUGUUU